AGACUGGGAAGGUAGAAAAUCCUGUUAGGAAAGAAUGAACAAUUUAUUAUGACUAAUGUACCUUCAGGUGACAAAUGAUUGUGAUAAUCUCAAUCUGAUUAUGUUAUCUAACCAGCCUAGAGAUGAAUUCUCUUCGAAAAUGGUUCAACAGACCAAAGAAAAGUGACAGUUCUUUGUUGGCCCAGUUUUUCUUUGCGGACGAGGAACUGAAUGAGGUGGCAGCGGAGUUGGACAGUUUUGAUGGCAGGAAGGACCCCGAGAGAUGUACCACUCUGGUCAAUAAGCUGAGGACAUGUCAGGACAAAGUCCUAGUGGUGGUGCAGAAAAUUAUCGACGAGGCCAUAGGAAACCAGAAAGCGAACAGGGAUUUCCGGGUCAAGUUCCCCGAUGAUGUUUUGCAAGAAAACUUGGCUGGGCAGCUUUGGUUUGGGGCAGAGUGCCUGGCUGCUGGGUCCAGCAUUAUGAACAGGGAGAUAGAGAGUGCCUCUAUGAGGCCCCUGGCCCGGGCUCUGACCAAGAAUUUAGACAGCCUCCGUACCUUACUGAGAGAACAGUGCCUGAGGAACCAGUCAAUAGACUCAGAUAGGGUUAGAGAAUCAUUAACCAUAUUUGACAAGUUGUUUGCAGAAUUUGAAUUAAGCUAUGUCAUCCCACUUAACAAUAUUUAUGAUAUGUUUUUUUUCUAUUUAAGGGAUACACCUUUAAUUAUAUCUGUUUUAUUUUGCAGGGCAUUGAAAAAAGGUCUGAUUGAGCAAGAAAUGAUAGAUGAUUAUGAUCCAGCCCUCAUGUUCACAAUUCCAAGACUGGCCAUUGUAUGUGGUUUACUGGUGUACCCUGAAGGACCUCUGAACCCAAAUUUAGAACCUUCCAACAUAUCAGAAAUGUUUAGACCAUUUCAAACUCUACUACAGAAGAUCAGGGAGCUUCUCCACACACUAAAUGAGAAAGAAUUAAGUGCUUUAGAGGGUGCGUUGUGUAGUGCAGAAGAACCAGAAAAAAUUCUGACUAAACCCGAACAAAAGGAUGAAUCCUCCCAGGUCGACCCGGGAUUUGAAGAGGAAACAGAAAGUAGUACGUCCACCACCCUGACAGAAAUCACCCGCCGUCUGGAGCAAGAAAUGGCCCAGAUCUCGGACACUUCUAUUGACCUUUUGACCCCAGAACAGGAGGCAUCAAAUGGGUCCAAUCUCCCGUUUGAUGACUAUUCCCCCACUAACACACUCGUGGAUUCCUUGGAGGGUCAAGAAUCUCUGAACUCGAGUCUCAACAAAUCCGAGAGCCGAGACUCGGGGCUUCAAAGUGAGAAUGUGAGCACUUCAGAAACGGUUAUGUGUGAUGCCAGUACUGUGAGCAUGUCCUCAGAUUCUACUGUGGUUUGUACAGAGACCCUUAGUGCUGAUUCUAAUUUAGCCGACCAUGACGUACAGUUCUUUUGUAGAGAUAUUGUUAAUGAGCUAGUAAAUCAGGCUACCGGUGGACUCCCUCCAUACAGUCGACAAAGUAGUCAGCAAUAUAACUUAAAUCUGGAAAUUCCUCGGAUUUCUGCUUCAUCUAUCAGCACUUCGCCUUCCACUUCCUCUAUUUCCUCUGACAGUUCUGUCGUUAUUUCUGAAAAACCACCACAAACCUGCCCCGACCAAUCCCAUUUCAGUUCCGACGUCCACCAAUCAACUAUUUCUUUAGAAAACAAAGAUGCCCCUUCUAUCUGUGAUAUUGCCAGUAACACAAAUCUUGUGAUAGACACCAUUGUUUGUGAUAAACAUGAUGGCCCUUCAGAGCCUCGUACUUCUCCAGGAUUACCAAAUGAUAGUGAAAAUAGUGACAAAGACUCAACCAAAGCCGGUACCAGUGGAACCAAUAAAGGAAACUGUACUGAGGAAGCUCACUCGAGUGAGGGCACUCAUAAUCUUGAGCAUCCUCGCAUACAAAGACUAAGAUAUACAACUGACAGUGUGAGUUCCAGCUUUUCUAGUUGCCAUAGUAAUACUUAUGAUGCAGAGUGGGAUAGAGAAAGUGAUGAAAGUUGUGAGACUAGUUCCUACAAUUCAGAAAGUAAUGACGAUGAAGAGAUAACCCUGGCUCUUCAGGCCGCUGAACUGGCAUCUCGGAAAGAGGCUCGGGCCAGAUUUAGAAGCAGCAGUGACCUCAUUCAUAGACUAUUUGUUUGCAUAUCAGGAGUAGCAGAUCAGCUACAAACAAACUACGCGGGUGACCUGCGGAACAUCCUGAAGUGUGUGUUUGACAUGAACUGCUCUGAUCCCGUCAUAGUGCUAGACGAAAACCCAAAGAAGAAAUUCGAUCGACACCCCAGCUUCAUGUCACGUAGAACCAACAGAUACGGACAUAGAUCUAAUUCUAACAGACCUCGAGAACCUCCACAGUGGGUACCAGAUGAUCAGAUGGAGAAGUGUAUGGCUUGUGAGAUUCCCUUUAACUUUGUCAGAAGGCGACAUCACUGCAGAAACUGUGGAAAGAUCUACUGUGGCCAAUGUUCCUCCAACUUUGUUCCUCUUCCUCAUUUUGGCUACAUGAAUCCCGUCAGAGUCUGUAAUCAUUGCUUCCUGUUCCAGGUCACGCCCUUUACUGUCAACGAAUGAAAAUUCACCUUACAUUUCAAAUUUAAAAGCUUAAAGCUCUGGGGAUUGUUUUUGAAUGAAAUUAUGUGUUAGUGUAUUAUUUUUUUUCUCAAAUUGCUGAAAGCAAAGCUUUCACAUAAAAUUUGUGAGCUUGCUGUAAAAAUCUUUCAACUGCCAGGAAAAUCAUGUUAUCGUAUUUUGAAAAUUUUAAUGUUAUGGGCCAUUAUUUUAAAAAUAAAAGCAAUUGUAUUUGUUGUCCUUACAAAAAUUGAAUGUUAUCAAUCAUAUAGUGAAAUUUGUAAAGAUGUAUAGUACUUAAUUAUACUUGAUAUAUGUCCUGCAGUUUCCUAUGAAAUCUAUGACUAUUGUAUCAUGUCCUGUUACUGGUAAAUACAAUGUACAUUUAAACCUUAAUUUAUAUCUGAAACAUUGUGGGAGUGUUGGAAAUGAAUUUGAAUUCAUGACAUGGUCAUCUUUUUGUUUUGUAUAGUAUUUUGACUGUAUUCAGUUAUAGAAACCAUAUAGUUUUCAGUUGAUACAAAAUGUUUUAUAUUGUAAUCUAUAUAUCCUUAACACAUAAUUUGUAUUACCGGGUAGUUUAAAAUUAUCCGAUGUCUAAACUAAUUUGACACUAAAAAGAGAAGGGGUUCGGGUGGUAAAAUGAUGAAGAAAAUAAAAUGGAAAAAUGCUUGUCAAGUUCAAAACUAAGAUUAAAGAGGCCAGUGGUCAUAAUUUCAAGUAUAUAGCCCUGUAGUACAUGUUUGAAACAUAGAUUUAUUGAAUGUUUUAUUUUAGAUGACACUUUAAAAAACAAUAAUGAUCUAAAACAAAAAAGAUGCAAAAUUAUGAAAAUCCUGUAUUUUGAGGAUUUGAAUUUUGGUAGUUCAGAAAAUUACAUGAUAUUAAAACUAAUUAAGGUUGGGUAGCGACAGUAAAUUGUACUUAUUUAAGGGUGAAUAUUAUUGCAAUAAUUUUGUGUAUUCCAUGGUUUGGAGAACUUUCACUUCUAAAUACAUGUACAUGUAGUUGGACUACCUCAUAAUCAACAUUAUAGUAAAAGUGGGCGUUUCAGAAUAUUUUAAAGCAUUUACAGAACACAAAUGUACCCAUUUUUUUUAUCAAUUGAAGGCAUUCAAUUUCGUGUGAAAAUAUCAUUGCAGAUAAAUUUAAUGAUGAUUAAAUGUUGUAUAAAGCUGUGUUUAUUUAGUGAAUAAUCAAUCUUUGAUGCAUUUAUAAAUACAUCACAAGUGCAAUUAUGUGGUAAAAAAUGCAAUUUGUUAUGACUUUCUUCAUAUGUACCGGUAGUAGGUACAUGUGAAUAUCAUUUCCUCGUAUUGAAUGAUAUUGUAUUCAGUUAAAGCUUCAUCUGCUCCUAUCACUAUAGUGUAAUGGAUGGCUUCAGUAAGGUUGUAUAUGUAUUAUUUAUUAUUCAAGAGGUUGUAUUGUUUUUCACCAGCACCCUGAGGUUAAUUAAUGUCACAAAGAGGUCAAAUUUUACUUAUGUUUCAUUUCAGUAAAAAACAAAACAAACUUACACUGUGUGAAUUACAUGUGUAUGUUUAACAUUAACUUUUAAAGAAUUGAGCAUAUAAACCAUGCUUUCAGUAAAAUUCAGACAUGAGCAAAGAAAUGUUUAUAAAAUUAGGCAAAAUUUAAAGAUGAAGCUCAAAUUGUCGUGCUUCAAUAAUUACUAGUAAUUGAUAUUGAAAUGGCUUUAAAAAAUGAUCAGAUAUAUUUUGUUUAUGAAUUGUUAUAACCCUGACAAAUUUUAAAUUCAUUUAUCUUAGGUAGAAAUAUGGUAGAAUUUGUAAGCUUUGAAUCUUAAUUGAUCUACUGGAGAUCAUGUAUGUAAAAUCGAUUUAUAUCGAUGAAUAAAUAACGUGGAAAGUAAUCCACAGUGUAUUAUUUUAGCAAUACAUUAGCAGAUAUCCUAUAUUAUACUUGCUUGUAAGUAAAAGAACUUGACAAUGUUGACAACAUUGUGUUUAUUCUUAUAUUAAUGCCAGAUCUGCAGACAUUAUGAUUCUCUAUACUCAAAUGUUCCAUUAAAGUUUGAAUAUAAAUU